AUGUCUGACCCUGGGGAUCUACGCAGCGAGAACAACACGUUCCUACAACGCGUCUACGCCGCCACGACAGCCACCGAAUCCCAAGGCUUGUAUGAUCAAUGGGCGGCUCAGUACGACAAGGACCUCGAAGGGUUGGACUAUGCAUUUCCGACAUUGGCCGCGGAGGCACUCUCUCAGGCGCUGGCCAAGGCUAGUCCGCAUUCUUCUUCUGGUGGUCAGCUCGCCGGUCUACGUAUUGCCGACGCCGGCUGCGGCACGGGGCUGGUCGGUAGGGAACUCGCAACAAAGUAUGGCGCCGACAACGUCUCCGGCCUGGACAUCAGUUCGGGGAUGCUCGAAGUCGCUCGCAAGACGGGAUGCUACGCCAAACUGGACGUGGUCGACUUGUCAAAGCCGCUGACGAUACCGAAUGGGUCUUUCGACGCCGUGGUCUGCGUUGGCACAUUGACGAGGGGACACGUCGGGCCGGAUCCGGUGUUUAAGGAAUUUGUGAGGAUCGUCAAACAAGGUGGUGGCGUCAUGGUCACUACGGUCCUCGACGACAUCUGGGAGAGUGGAGGGUACAAGGCGGAAGUGGAGCGUUUGAAGGACGAUGGCUCAAUCGAGAUCCUUCGUGCGGAGGUGGUUGGUGUGAGGGCGACGUCAAAUGUGGGUGGAAGACUACUCGUGUUGAAGAAGCUGUGA